CACCUUUCUGAUAUGAAGGCCGAAGAUAUAGAGGGAGAAGAAGAGACCUAUGUGACUGAUAUGAAGGCAGAAGAUAUAGAGGGAGAAGAAGAGACGUAUGUGACUGAUAUGAAGGCAAAAGAUAUAGAGGGAGAAGAAGAGAUGUAUGUGACUGAUAUGAAGGCAGAAGAUAUAGAGGGAGAAGAAGAGACGUAUGUGACUGAUAUGAAGGCAGAAGAUAUAGAGGGAGAAGAAGAGACGUAUGUGACUGAUAUGAAGGCAAAAGAUAUAGAGGGAGAAGAAGAGAUGUAUGUGAGGGGAGAUCAGAAGUGUAAGGAGGAGGAAAUCCCUACAGAUAUCAGCACAGCAGAUGGAGGCACAAGCAGGAAUUCCUUGGAGGGAGAUCUCAUCUUGUCUGCAGAUAGUAAAAUAGAAGAUAACCUCACACAGGAUUCUCCAGGAGACAUCCCCAGUACUCUAAAUACACAUCCAGUACCUCACAGUGCUGAUACUUCAUCUGAUCCCUCUAAUCGCGAUGACUGUUCAUCUAAUACCUCUGAUUUUGUUAAACAUCGUGCAGCUCAUACACGUGAUAAAAUAUUUCCCUGUUCUGAGUGUGGGAAAAGUUUUACAUUCAAAUCACGUCUUGUUACACAUCAGAAAAGUCACACAGGUGAGAAACCAUUUCCAUGCUCUGAGUGUGGGAAAAGUUUUAUACACAAAUCACAGCUUGUUAUACAUCAGAGAAGUCACACAGGUGAGAACCCAUUUCCAUGCUCUGAGUGUGGGAAAAGUUGUGCAGGCAAAUCACAGCUUGUUACACAUCAGAGAAGUCACACAGGUGAGAACCCAUUUCCAUGCUCUGAGUGUGGGAAAAGUUUUCCACUCAAAUCACAGCUUGUUAUACAUCAGAGAAGUCACACAGGUGAGAAACCAUUUCCAUGCUCUGAUUGUGGGAAAAGUUUUAUACUCAAAUCACAGCUUGUUAUACAUCAGAGAAGUCACACAGGUGAGAAACCAUUUUCAUGCUCUGAGUGUGGGAAAAGUUUUGCACGCAAAUCACAGCUUGUUAUACAUCAGAGAAGUCACACAGGUGAGAAACCAUUUCCAUGCUCUGAGUGUGCGAAAAGUUUUGCACACAAAUCACAUCUUGUUAGACAUCGGAGAAGUCACGCAGGUGAGAAAGCAUUUCCAUGCUCUGAGUGUGGGAAAAGUUUUCCACUCAAAUCACAUCUUGCUAGACAUCAGAUAAGUCACACAGGUGCAAACCCAUUUCCAUGCUCUGAGUGUGAGAAAAGUUUUCCAUUCAAAUCACGGCUUGUUACACAUCUGAGAAGUCACACAGGUGAGAAACCAUUUCCUUGCUCUGAGUGUGGGAUACGUUUUCCACUCAAAUCACAGCUUGUUAUACAUCAGAGAAGUCACACAGCUGAGAAGCCAUUUCCAUGCUCUGAGUGUGAGAAAUGUUUUCUGUGUAAAGCAGAACUUGUUAGACAUCAGAGACAUCACACAGGUGAGAAACCAUUUCCUUGCUCUGAGUGUGGGAAAGGUUUUGCACACAAAUCACAGCUUCUUAUCCAUCAGAGAACUCACACAGGUGAGAAACCAUUUAUAUGCUCUGAGUGUGGGAAAAGUUUUUCACACAAAUCACAGCUUAUUACACAUCAGAGAAAUCACACAGGUGAGAAACCAUUUCCAUGCUCUGAGUGUGGGAAAACUUUUUCACUCAAAUCACAGCUUGUUAUUCAUCAGAGAACUCACACAGGUGAGAAACCAUUUAUAUGCUCUGAGUGUGGGAAAUGUUUUUCACACAAAUCACAGCUUAUUACACAUCAGAGAAGUCACACAGGUGAGAAACCAUUUCCAUGCUCUGAGUGUGGGAAAACUUUUUCACUCAAAUCACAGCUUGUUAUACAUCAGAGAAGCCACACAGGUGAGAAACCAUUUAUAUGCUCUGAGUGUGGGAAAAGUUUUACACUCAAAUCACAGCUUGUUAUACAUCAGAGAAGUCACACAGGUGAGAAACCAUUUUCAUGCUCUUAUUGUGGGAAAAGUUUUAUACUCAAAUCACAGCUUGUUAUACAUCAGAGAAGUCACACAGGUGAGAAACCAUUUUCAUGCUCUGAGUGUGGGAAAAGUUUUGCACGCAAAUCACAGCUUGUUAUACAUCAGAGAAGUCACACAGGUGAGAAACCAUUUCCAUGCUCUGAGUGUGCGAAAAGUUUUGCACACAAAUCACAUCUUGUUAGACAUCGGAGAAGUCACGCAGGUGAGAAAGCAUUUCCAUGCUCUCAGUGUGGGAAAUGUUUUUCAGGCAAAUCGUAUCUAGAUAAACAUCAGAAAUCACACGGGAGUAAAGCAUUCCUAUGAUCUGAUAAACAACAGGGUUGUAGCAACACUCCAGUCACACAGUGACACUUUAAGUUACUGCAGAUAAUUGGAAUGUGUGUCUUUAAUAUAAGACUGAUAAAGAUGACUCAGAUGAAACUUACAGUAUUUCUUUAUUGCAGUAGACAGGACCAGACUGCCCAUCUGUCACCUCUGGCAUAUUCCAGAAGGGCUGGUGGGCUCGUCCGGUUCCACAGACAGAUGGGAAGGCCACACGCAGCCUCUAGCUCUCUGGUUUAGCUGCCCCACUGCUCAAAGUGUGCGUCUCCAUGGAAGUGGGGGCGUGGAUUUGCUGCACAUUCUUGUGCUUCGUGUUCUUGUGCCCUCCCCCCCCCACCCCCCCGUGAUGUGCGCUUGCAAGUUUACAAAUGCCCAAUCCAGAUAGGAGCCCCAGUUCGUCCCUGGCAGGAGAUAUCGGCACUUCUCUCCACAUCAAUAACAGACCAUCAUGUUAUAUAGGCGUCUAUGGGCCUAAUUCAAGGUUAAUCGCAAAGGAAAAUCUUCCUCUAAUUGGAAAAUCCAUGUGCACUGCAGGUGGGUCAGAUGUAAUAUGUGCAGAGAGUUAGAUUUAAGUGGGUUGUUUUCAAACAGAAAUCUAAACUGCAGUAUAAAAUUAAAGCAGCCAGUAUUUCUCUAGCAUCCAUAAGGGAUAUUGGGGACACAUUAGUACGAUGGGAAUAUAUGGGGUCCAAAGGAACCAGUGCACUUUAAAUUUCUUCAACUGGGUGUGCUGGCUCCUCCCCUCUAUGCCCCUCCUACAGGCAGUUUAGAAAAAAGUGCCCUCAGGAGAGGAUGCGCACUCUGCUAUAUCCAGAGUUUUUCCUAAUUUUAUUUUAAACUUUUGUUUAUUUCGGUAUGUUUGGGCAACAGCAUACCUGCGCCGGGGGAGUUGGGGGGGGGGGCGAUCACCGGCCUUGCGAGUUGCAGAACCGAUUCCCCGCUGCAAGACCACCGUCCUGAGGGGUUGUUGUUCAGCGGGGUACUGCGCCUUUGCUGUCACAACCGCAGCACGCCGCACAUGCCUUACAGAUUUAUGAAGGUUAAUGUCGGGGGUGAGUAGAAACCGGGGGAGCCCUUCUAGGGGGGGUCCCCCGGUUCAUGGUGCUGCUUUCACAUGAGUGAGGCAUAAGGGUCCCUCCUGGGGGAUCCGCUAUAGCCCCUGUGUCAAACUGGCUAGCGGUGAGCUGAACUAAGCAUUCAUGUAAGGUUACAGCAUGUUUUGGUGACAUGGCCAGUAUAAAUAUAAUCAGUAGCUCCGGCGCCAUUACAGGGGUCAGAGCUACAUCUGAGCGGGCUCCACUGCAUUUUGGUGCCUUCCUCUGCAGCAGCAGCCUCAUGCAGCUCCUCUGGACUCUGACACACGCUGGAUCACUGGUACUGGGUGUAGUUUAGGGGAUGAGCCGUUAUUUGUGCACAUUACUUAUUCCUAAAGAGGAAACCGUUGUAAACAAUCAGUUUUUGAUGAUUUAAAAACGCUGACAGCCUCACUGGGGCUCUCUGGCGUUGGUGUGCUGGUGCAUUCUCUUCCUCUCACAUGCAAUAGGGCAGGCUUGCAUUGAACAAUGGUCUGUGUUGUAUGUGUAUUGUUGUGUGUUACUUUUCAUCAUGGUAAACACAAGUUGCUGUAUGCAGUGUGUGUAACACCAGAUUUUCCCCACUCUGAGCUGGUUCCAUUUUAUGUGAGCAGUGUAGUCAGUCCUCACAGAACGUAGGGAGGGUCACGAGCCUUCCUGGCUGGGUGCAAUCAAAACUAUGAUGUCUGAUAUGUCAUCUCAGCUCACUGCAAAUGCCCACAAAACACAAGAACUGCAACAAGCAGUAGCAUAUCUAUCUGCCAUUGCUGAUGUUCCUUAUCCCUCUAUCUACUGCAGGUCCACAUAAACGUGCUUUACCUGCACUUCUAUCAGAUACGGAUGAUGAUAUACAGGAUGACGUUGAUUCCAUAAGUGGGGAUUCCACUCCUACACAGGUUAUUGAACCCCUCAUUUUAGCUAUAAGGGAUGUGCUGAAGCUCCCUCAAGACAAACUGGCUACACAUUUCUUGACUCUAAAGAAUUAGAUGAUUUAUUUAAGCUAGUCUGAAAAAAUCCAGAUAAGAAAUAUCAGGUGUCAAAAUGUUUUUUGCAUACAUUCCCCUUUGCCCAGGAGGGCAGAAAGUUCUGGGAAGAAUCUCCGGCUGUAGACGUCUGUCUCUCGCCUCUCUUAGAAGGCGGUACUCCCGGCUCCGGGCUCCUUUACAGCAAAGGACUCGGGGGAUAGAAAAAUUGAGACCACACUGAAAUCUAUCUACAUUGCUGCAGGUGUAUCUCAAAGACCGGUCAUUGCAGUACGGAUGGUGUAAUGGUUAGCAUUACUGCCUCACAGCACUGAGGUCAUGGGUUCAAUUCCCACCAUGGCCCUAACUGUGUGGAGUUUGUAUAUUCUCCCAGUACUCGCGUGAGUUUCCUCCCACAAUCCAAAAAAUAUACAUGUAGGUUAAUUGGCUCCCAACAAAAUUAAGCCUAAUGUGAAUGUGUGUGUGUGUGUGUGUGUGUACAUGUGGCAGGGAAUAUAGAUUGUAAGCACCACUGGGGCAGGGACUGAUGCGAAUGGCCAAAAUAUUCUCUGUAAAAGCGCUGUGGAAUAUGUGUGCGCUAUAUAAAAUAACUGGUAAUAAAUAUAAUACAUAAAUAAUUGCAGGUUGCUGGAUGACACAUGCAAUUCAUUACUGGGCUACUCAAAUUCAGGAGGGUCUCUCGGGUGACAUCACCCUGGUUACUACGGUAACUUCCCUAAAACACAUUCAGGACAAGAGUUCUCUGUGACUCCAUAAAAGAGACUGGCAAUAUAAAUGCAAGGACCACUGCUAUGGAUUGCAGACGCUGACUCAAAACGCAAUGUGGAAUCUAUUCCCUUAACAGGUGAAUGGCUCUUUGGAGGCGAAUUGGGCGCAUGGAUCUCCAAAGUUACUGCUGGGAAAUCCACGUUUCUUCCCCCGGGGCUCCGCCUGCUAAACGUACCUACCCGGGACUGUCUACUCAGUCCUUUCACUCCACCAGAUUUCAAUCUAGGGCCAGAGGUAUGCAGCUAAAGGCACCAGAGGUAAACCUAAGAAAUCAGCCGUUGCUGGCUCUCAGAAACAGAGCACCAGUUCAGCUUCCGCAAAAUCCUCAGUAUGACGGUGCCCACCCACUCCGGGAGGAUCUCGAGGUGAGAGCUUGGUUACGUCACUUCAGCCACAUCUGGGAAAGUACCUGCCAGGGCACCUGGGUAAGGGACCUUUUUUCUCAGGGUUACAAGCUGGAGUUCGACGGUGCUCCUCCCCAACAAUUUUUCUAAUCCAGCUGUGGAAAAUAUGUGUGUUACGCUACUACUGGCUAUCACAAAGUUAGUCCAGUCCCAAGUCAUUGUUCCAGUACCCCUGCUACAGCAAGGAUAAGCUUACUACUCCAGUCUGUUCAUAGUGCCAUAACCAGACGGGUCUGUGAGGCCCAUUUUGAAUCUGAAGUCCUUGAAUCCUUACCUAAAGGUUUUCAGAUUCAAGAUGGAAACUUUGAGAGCAGUGAUCGCAGGCCUAGAACAACAGGAAUUCCUAGUGUCCCUGGUGGUCUGCCCAAGAGGCCCUACUUCCGAUCAACAUCCUGGAACUUUGGGCUAUCUACAAUGCUCUGAUUCAGUCCUCCCUUCUCCGGGAUCAGGCAAUUCAGGUACAGUUGGACAAUGCCACAGCUGUGGCGUACAUCAAUCGACAAGGAGGGACAAAAAACCGGGCCUGCAUGCGAGAAGUAUCAAGAAUACUCCUCUGGGCGGAAAGAAAUGCAAGAGCACUGUCUGCAAUAUUCAUUCCAGGAGUGGACAACUGGGAAGCAGACUUCCUGAGUCGCCAUGAUCUCCACCCAGGGGAGUGGGGCCAACACGCAGAGGCGUUACUUACUUGCAAAACACCUGGUUCAACCGAAGGUGAAAGGGGGCGUGACUUCGUGGCAGGUGCGUGGCUUCACGUCCUUACCCCGUUUUCUGCACAUUGUGUGGCCGGGGGACGCGUGCUUCCCCCGGAUACUGAUGCAUCUGCGGUGCUGGCUUCUGCACUGUGACAGGAGCUGGGUUGCAGCACGUUAUGAUCUAGUGCAGCACCCGGCUCCUGCCACUGAGCAGGACCCGGUACUUUGCUGUCACCCCUCGGAGGGUAACACCUGGUUGCAGACCACACCCACCUUGUGACGCCAGUGCCUACACCCUCAGGUGUUUCAACAGAUCAUCGACAGGUGGGGUUGCCCCCAGAUCGACAUGAUGGCAUCUCAUCUCAACAAGAUACUUCGCUGCUAUUGCUCGUGAACCAGAGACCCUCAGGCGUGCGCAGUGGAUGCACUGACGUUGCCUUGGCCUUACCAGCUGGUCUACGUAUUUCCUCCGAUUCCAUUGAUCCCAAAGGUACUCGAGGAUCCGGCAUCACGGAGUACAAGCAAUUCUGCUUGCCCCAGAGAGUGUGGUAUGUGGAUCUUCUGGGCAUGUCCAUAGUAGACCCUUGGCCUCUGCCAGUAAGAAGGGAUCUUCAGCAGGGUCCGUUCGUGUGCUCGGACUUACGGCGGCUUCGUUUGAUGGCAUGGAAGUUCAGCGGAACAUCCUAGCUCACAAGGGACUUUCCAAAAAGGUCAUUGCCACUAUGGUCCAAGCCAGGAAACCUGUGACGUCAAAACACUAUCAUCAUAUCUGGUGGAGAUAUGUCUCCUGGUGUGAGGAAUGCUUAUACAUUUUCUGCAUUCCACUUGGGAAGAUUCCUUCAUUUCCUGCAGGCUGGAGUGGAUAAAGGCUUACAUCUGGGAUUCAUUAAGUUCCAGAUUUCAGCUCUUUCAAUCUUCUUCUUCCAAAAGAAGUUGGCUAUGUUGCCUGAAGUUCAGACCUUCUUGCAAGGGGUGCUUCACAUACAACCUCCGUUUGUGCCGCCUACAGCACCUUGGGAUUUGGAUGUGGUGUUAAGAUUUCUGCAGUCCUCCUGGUUUGAACCUCUGAUGAUGGUGGAAGACAAGUACCUUCUGCUAGGCGUGUCUCGGAAUUGGGGGACUUAUCGUGUAAAAGUCCUUACUUGGUCUUUUACGAGAACAGCGGAGCUCAGGACUAGACAGCAGCUCCUGCCGAAGGUAGUCUCCGUGUUUCACUUGAAUCGAACUAUUGUGAACCCAUCCAGUUCUGGCACGUCUGCCCCUCCGGAGGCAAUGGAUGUGGUGCGAGCCUUGAAGAUCUAUGUCAAGAGGACGGCUCGGAUCAGAAAAACGGAUUCCUUGUUCGUGCUGUAGGAUGCACAGAAAAAGGGUUGCCCUGCUUCUAAGCAGUCCAUUGCUCGUUAGCUUUGGCUUACUAUCCAUCAGGCCUAUGUGUCGGCAGCCUUACCUGCUCCACAGUUUCUGAAGGCCCACUCUACAAGAUCGGUGGGGUCUUCCUGGGCAGCGGCCCGUGGAGUCUCGGCCCUGCAACUCUGCCGAGCGGCUUCCUGGUUGGGGAGGAACAUCUUUGUGAAGUUCUACAAGUUCGAUACCCUGGCCAAAGAGGAUACCCAGUUUGGGCAUGUUCCCGCCCAUUCUGAAAGCUUAGGGAUAUCCCCAUCGUACUAAUGUGUCCCCAGUAUCCCUUAUGGAUGCUAGAAAAAAUAGGAUUUUAAAUACCUAUCUGUAAAUCCUUUUCUCAUAGUCCAUAAGGGAUAUUGGGCGCCCUCCUCUGUAUGGUGACUUUUCCUGCAGGUUCUCUGUUAUGUGUUACCUGUUCAGCUGUUGCUGUUUAUGUUGCCAGGUGUUGCUGGCCAGUCUAUGUUAUGGUGUACUGGUGUGUAAAACCGACCACUUAUUGUUAUGUUCCUUCUCUCACGUAUGUCAUUUCUCCUUCGGGCACUGUUUUACCUAUAACUGCCUGUAGGAGGUAGCAUAGAGGGGAGGAGCCAGCACACCCAGUUGAAGAAGUGUAAAGUGCCCUGGCUCCUUAGGACCCAGUCUAUACCCAUCGUACUAAUGUUUCCCUAAUAUCACUUAUGGACUACGAGAAAAGGAUUUACCGGUAGGUAUUUAAAAUCCUAUUUUACCCUUCACAUAAACAAUAUAACCCACCAAAAUCUAACUCUCUCUGCACAUGUUACAUCUGACCCACCUGCAGUGCACAAGGUUUUGCCCAUUAGAGAAAGAUUUUGAAAACCCCCAUUGCAGAAAUUGUGAAUGCAUCGCAAUAUGCGGGCUAAUCACAAAACCGUAUGCAAUUAUCGGAACAUCGUAGAUUUUUCCUAUCUACGCCAGGCAAGGUCAUACACAAUUCUUGCGAAACAAACGCUGGAAGUGGUCAUCACUGACGUCAGAGGCCCUCCUUAAAAGCGCCUGGGCACGCUUGCAUUUUUUCAGACACAGCCAGAAAACAGGUUUCCGCUCAGAAAUGCCAACUUCCUGUUAGUCAAACAGCAGCUGCGUUGCGCUCACGAUCUGUACAUCAUUUCUGUCACUUUGCUAAUGCAUGCGCAGUCGUUCCAUAAUCGGCCAGAUUGCGAUUAGCAGAUUUUACAAUCCUUACUGAAUAAGGUUCAUAGGCUCCAGCGCUCAUGAAAUUUAGCUCCGCCCUCCUCAAUAUCUACUAGGUCUGAUCUUCUGUCAGAGUAUAAAAUAGUAAUUCCUGGGUAACAUUACUCAAUGUAGGGGUUUGCUUGGAGAUCCAUUUUUGUAAUACAGCCUUUCUGGCAAUUGUGACCAAAAUCAUUAAAGAUGGAAGCGGGGAAGGACAAUAUGAGGGAAAUGUCUAUUCAGAAAGAUCCACUAACAUAAAGUCUUUCCAGUUAAAUACAGAUACUCCUGUCAGUUGUCUAAUGAAUGAGUGGACUUUGUACCAAAAACGUGUAAUUUCAGGACAGUACCAGACAUUAUGUGCACAGGUGGCCGAUGCCUCCUUGUACUUUGGCCAUGAACCUGAUGCCUCCUCCAUGACAUGUUUUCUCUGGGCUUGAGAAAAAUAUGCCCUGUUUAAAAUGUAAUAUGAGUUUGCAAUCUCACCGACCCAAGAUAUUUCAUUGUGGUGGCAGUGACUGCAAGAGGCGUUCAGGAUGGUGGAAGUCGGGAAAACCAUGAGUCCAUGAUUUCCAAAUCGCUGCCAAUAAUCUUUCCAAAUUGUCGGGUAGUAAAUCCGUAUACACAAACCGUAGUUUGAUCGAUGUGUUAAAUCUCUAAUUGCAUAAGGUAUCAAAUAUAUUUUUCUAAUUCUAUAUACAGGUUGAGUAUCCCUUAUCCAAAAUGCUUGGGACCAGAGGUAUUUUGGAUAUCGGAUUUUUCCGUAUUUUGGAAUAAUUGCAUGCCAUAAUGAGAUAUCAUGGUGAUGGGACCUAAAUCUAAGCACAGAAUGCAUUUAUGUUUCAUAUACACCUUAUACACACAGCCUGAAGGUCAUUUUAGCCAAUAUUUUUUAUAACUUUGUGCAUUAAACAAAGUGUGUCUGCAUUCACACAAUUCAUUUAUGUUUCAUAUACACCUUAUACACACAACCUGAAGGUCAUGUAAUACAAUAUUUUCAAUAAUUUUGUGUAUUAAACAAAGUUUGUGUACAUUGAGCCAUCAAAAAACAAAGGUUUCACUAUCUCACUCUCACUCAAAAAAGUCCGUAUUUCGGAAUAUUCCGUAUUUCAGAAUAUUUGGAUAUGGGAUACUCAACCUGUACUCGUAUAUUUUGCAGCUAUACAGGUAUGCCUAUCGUAUAAUAUACCUUACAUGGAAAAUAAGCAUAUUCCAUAGAGUUAGAUGUGUGACCUUUAUAACCGCAUUAGUUCAAUUAUAAGAUUGAUGUAUCAAAAUGUUAAUACAUGCGGCAAACUCUCCUCAGCAAUACUUGAUUAAUAAGCUCCAGUUCCAUAGAAUUUCAUGGAUAUAAACAGUGACAGAUAGCUUUACCUAUCGCAGGCAGUAAGAACGCAGUGUUCAGUUAGUGAAUGGUCAGCCAGCGGUAUGCUGCUACCUCACGCUCACAUUAGUUAUUCUCACCAGCUGUAUCUAUAGCCGUCCUGGAUAUAAAGUCUCCUAUGCUCCAUUGAGCUGCUCGGGUGUAGGGGUGUGUAGCAAGUACUUUGCAAUAUGCAGCGGGAGGGAGGCUGCAGCUCACGUACUCCUGUCUGUCUCCGUGCUGUAUGGUGGCAAUUAGCAAAAGGAGUGCAGUAGGUGUGAGGGUGCCGUCCGUCAACGCGUUUCGCCACUGUUCCGUUCUGGCGUAUUCUUCAGAAGGAAUGUUAGUAUUGUGCACUCCAGGUAGUCACCUUUUUAAAGGCAUCAGUGUCCAAUCAAAUGUCUCAGUUCAUUAUUAAGGUGAUGCUCACACCUGGAGAAUGUAUUCAAAAGCAACUCACAUGUGGAGGUGAUUAAUAUCCAUUUAAUAUAAAGUAAAUCUUAUCAUUCUAGAAAUAGUAUUAUAAACAUGGCAUCAUUGAGAAAUUGCUAGUUUAAUAAGCAACGUAUAUAAAAAGCAUACUUCUAUAUAUCUUCAUUGUUGAUUCAUAUAGAUAGAUAGAUAUAAUAAUCUUUAACAUUCAGUUCCAGCAACUAAAGUCCUCUAUAUGCUAAAUAGCCUAGUUGGUUAAAACGCUGGUAAUACUGACCAUAGAGGUCCGCAGUCGAUCCCCCUGUGGGGCUUUGGUAAAUAAUUUUUUCUUUCAUCAAAUUAUAUGUUCUUCAUAUCCUCCAUUAUAUAAAUAGCUUAUCUGGUCAAGUAUCAUCAUUUAUUCAAAUCAUUGGUGCAUCAAAUACAAAUGUAAUUUUUCAUGAACACAUUACAGCUAUCUAGUUUGACUUUUUCUUUUUCAACUUUAACAUUAAAUUACAAGAUCAUAAUUCUUCAGUGGGCUAAAUAGCCUAGUGGACUAAAGCGCUAUUACAAUGCGCAGUAAGACCCGGGUUCAAUCCUCCAGCGAUACUCCAACUUUUCUUCAGAAAAUAAAAUUACUCAAUCUUUAAUACUCAUUGGUCAUCUAUUAUUCAUAACUUCCACCACUUUAAGAGCAAUAUAUAUAUAUAUAUAUAUAUAUAUAUAUAUAUGUAAUGUUCCAUAAUAAUCAUUUAUUUUUAUUUAGCUAGCUAUUGAUACCUUAUAUUCCAUACUCAGAGCGAUGGAUGUUAUGGUUUCCAAACAAAUUCUGUGAAAGAGAAAGAAAGGGGGAGGGAAAGGUUUUGAUAUCUGGAUGUCACACAAAUUAGAUGUUGUUCAUCUCAGUUGUGUCAUUGAGACCUACAGGGGACAUGGUAUGUACAGAAAAUAUCCAGAGAGCUUCCCUUUUACAUAGUUGAUUGAAUCUGUUUCCUCCUCUGUCUGUACUUUCUGUCUGUUCUAUACCCUGCACUAAUAAAACAUUAACACCCCCUUUAUGCUUAAAGUUUACGUGACGUGAUAAGCUAUGUGUUAUUUCCACAUGUAGAACAUUACGUCUGUGUUACAGGAACCUCAGAUUCAGUGUGCGGGUUGUUCUUCCUAUAUACUGUGCCCCGCAUACACAAGUGAUUAAAUAAACAACUAACGAACUCUGACAUUUGAUGAAGUUUUUGAUCUUAACUAGAAUCAAAUCCAGCGCUUCUGUUCAAAAUGUGGCUACACGUAAUACAUUUGGUCUUACCACAGUUAUAACAUCCUUUAAUGAUAGUACGAGAACUUAUCCAGCUAUUCAUAGUAGCAGGAUUUUUUAAAGAAGUUGAUCCUUUAAAGCAGAGCUGGCCAAACCGGUCCUAGAGGUCUACCAACAGUUCAUGUUUUCCAGGCCUCUCGGAGAUCUGUAGAAUUGUCAGUUAGGAAUGAAUGCAGCACAUCCUAAUUAGUAAUGACUACACCUGUGCACCAGCUAGGUGGUCUGGAAAAUGUGAACUGUUGGUAGAUCUCGAGGACUGGUUUUGCCAGCCCUGCUUUAAAGUGACUUGGAGCCAGUAAAUUCUUAAGAUUACUUGUUUUUUGGAAAAUAAUUCUUAGUUCUUCUAAGCAGUUCACAAGCACAUUAUCAUGUUUUAAUAAAUAUAUAUUUUUUUUAAUAAUUCAUUUGAUUGUGUUUUAAAUUUGAGAUAAAACUAUGGCCUAAUUUUUAUUGGACUUGAUUCGUUUUUGCAUUUUGGAUACAGAAUAAAUUAUUAUGUUUUGUAUUUAGAGCUCAUUUAAUUAUUUUUUCAAAAGGCCUCUUGGAUAGCCCUGUGCAACAAAUGCCUCUGUCAGGUCAUCAACUUGUUGUAUAAAUUGUGUAUCUUUUGAACAAUUAUGACUGAUUCUUAGGUAUUGGCUCUUUGGAGUGUUCAAUAGCCAGGGUUUGUAACGACAGCUAUUAAAGUUAAGAAACUUAC